GCGAGUGGUCACAAAAUCGUCUCGACGCAAAUCACCUAAAGGCCACCGCACACCUUACGACUGUCCGCGAUCCGAUUUUGGAACAAAUCGCAUUUUGCUCAUUUUCUGAAAAUCAUCAAAUUCUACUACAUUUCAUUCUGAAAUCGGGUCGCAGACCAAUCGUAAGGUGUGCGGUCGCCUUAAUACAGCCGUCUGGUGAAAUCGCUGAUAACAACAAUCACCGAUUUGCUCAUCUUUCAUGAUCAUCGAGAAACGCAACCCGGAUUAAAACCAACUGGUGUACGUAUUUCCGUGGUGUGAACGGGUGCUUUACCUUCCUUCCUGGUUUUCUCCCUCCGCUGCUUUCGGAGAUCAGCCCUAUGAAGGCAAUAGUAUCCAUAAUAAAUAACCAUCCAGGGUUAAGAGUAGACAGGACAAGUCGUAUACCGUUACCGUAUAGCAGACGCUCUUGACUUUCAUGAUUGAUGUGCUAACGAAGCGACUGGCGAAUGACCGGAUAAAAUGUCUGUUACUCGAUUAUGGCAAGGAAUAUUUUAUAGGUUGCCUAGCAAUCAAACACUCCUCAGUUUGACAAAGUCUUGGAGACAGACGCAACGAUGCAUCAUCAACUUCAGCAAAACAGAAGGAGAGAUUCUUACAGUCAAGCAGAUGAGAAAGAGGAUGGUGGAAUUCACUGGUGCCCAGAAGCAAUGGAGUUUGGAUGGGAAGAAGCAGGAUCGGUCAGCAUUAUCUAGCCUCUUGGCUCAAGACCAGUCCCAGCUGGAGCCACGAAGGAUUUCUGAUAGCUAUGACGAGAUCAACAUCCCACUCUCUGAUCCCACCCAAAGAGACAAGUACAUCAACAUGUACAACAGCAUCCGCAUUGGAAGGAUACUGGAAGAUAUAGAUAUGUUUGGUGUAUGGCUAUGCUACAAACACAGCAAGCUAUCCAAAGACAUUGAGAUUUCACCCCUUGUAAUCGUGACUGGACUUGUAGAUAGGAUAGACAUGAGUACCAUAGACAUCAUACCAGACAAGGAUCUACGACUCAGUGGUCAUGUGACCUGGGUUGGCAAAACAUCAAUAGAGGUCACUAUCAACCUUGAACAGAUGAUCAACAACUCGUAUUCAAAGAUUUUAGAGGCAAAGAUUGUCAACGUUGCUCGAGAUCCCCUCAAUAAAAGGCCAUCAUUCAUCAACCCAUUGGUUGCCGAGACAGAGGAAGAAUCUAAAGAACUGAUCGCAGGAAACGCAAGGAAGAUCGCCAGGCAGGAAAGGACGAAAGCCUCUCUGUUGAAGACCGCCCCCACAUCAGAGGAACGAGAGAUUAUACAUAAGAUGUUUGUGGAAUCACUACCAAUAGGGGCAUCAUCAUUCUCUCAUCGUAUCAAGCCAGACAAUGCUACAUGGAUGGAUGAAACGAAACUCAAGAAUGUCAUUAUAUGCUUUCCUCAGGAAAGGAAUCUGUACAACAAGAUUUUUGGAGGAUUUCUGAUGCGUCAAGCCCUGGAGCUAGCCUUUGCCAAUGCAACUCUAAACUGUCAUGGAAGGAUUCGGAUAGCAGCCAUUGACAACAUUCUCUUCAGGAAACCAGUAGAGGUUGGAUCAUUCUUAUUCUUUCUAUCUGAGAUUGCAUAUACUGAGGGAUGUUACAUGGAGAUCAGAGUUCACGCAGAGGUCGUUGACCCACGGACUGGAGAUCGUGACACAACCAAUGUAUUCCAUUUUACCAUCGUAACAGAGAAACCGGUACCAUUGGUCUGGCCCAAGACGUACGGAGAAUCCAUGCUGUACCUCGAUGGCCGGAGACGAUUCCUCGAGUACAAGAACAUCAACCAAGUGACGGAUACGACAACUGUCCCGCUCACCUUUUAACUAGUUUAUCGUGCAAACCCUUUUCUGGAGUAAAAUGGUCUGAAUAUGCAGCCCAAACUUCUUGACUGGAACUUGUGCACAGAAGGUCCCUCUCAGCAAGUUUUAUAUCUGUGCUAGUCUUGUGUGAAUACCCUCUUACUUAUCAAAUUUUAACUGCGAACAACUCAUCAGAGAAACAUCCACAUUGUUCUGUCUAAGAAGCAUGUGUUCACCUUAUAUUGAGGAUAUGCCCCCACAUUUCCCUGGGUCUUUCUAUUGGUUAGAAGGGCUCCCACUCGGAACUAACUGUGAUUUUGAUUGGUUUGUCAGUGAAAAGAUGGACGGGAACUCAGAGAUAUAUGACAGAGAAAAGACAGUCUUCAAAAUACCAAUUUGUGACAGUCAUAGCGAUGUCACAGCUCGGAGAGAAAAUAUUCUUACAAAAUUUCUUUUUGUAUUUAAUUAAUUGCAAUAAUAAUUCUAAUGCUUUUAUAAGGUUUUUUAGACAUAGGUGCGUAUUCUGAACUUGAGAUUAAUUUAAAGUGUGAUCUAAAGUUGUGGUUUGACUAUCGAUUGCCAAUUGUGAUUUAAAUCUGUCACAGUAAAAGUUCAAUUUAUCAUCUCAUUUGGCACUCAAAUCAUUCAUAAUUGAGAAUAAUAUCUUAACUGUUUUUCCUCAAAAUUAAGGCUUUGAAACAGAGUAAGUUUAAGAAACCUAAAAUGUGAAAAAUAUUACUCUGUUGGCUUCUCACAGUUUGAGGACAGAGCUAGACCACGGCUUAAGCUGAAUUGGAUUCAGGGCCCCCUUCUUACAAAGAUAUACGAUUGAUCCGAUCAACCUCAACUCUAUGGAAAUCCAACAAUGUCAUUUGUAAACAAAGAAAAGUACACUGCAUUUUGAAUGUUUGCUUUAUAUCAUAUCUGGAAAAAUAUUUUGAACAAACAUGCAGUUUAGAUGUUGAUGUUGCUGGCUCUCCAUAGUUGCAAUUAAUCGAUUCAAGUCUUUGCAAGUCUUUGUAAGACGGGACCCAGAAUAACAGAUGAUUCUGGUCACUGGAUUCAAUCAAUAUUUUCUACAUGAAGUACCCUCCACUCCCUGGGGAGUAUUCUAGCCAGUUGUCUUGUCAGGCACUCACCGGGCAAAAACAUUGACUUACGAGCAACUUUACGAGCGACUGGUGAUACUAUCUUGUGGUAAAUGAUAUACACCAAAUUUGCAUUAGUUCCUAAGAAAGGAUCACAAGACGUUCAUAAAGUUGCUUGUAACUUUCGUCGGCUUUAUGAAACACCCACCUGGAAUGAAAUUAGUGUUUGCAUUGCUGUGCUGGUUGCCAAGAUGUCAAGGUCAAAAUCCUGAGACUUUGAACAGGGAACUGUAAUUCUGUGUCUUGAAUUUGGUGUUAAUUUUGAGCCGACUUCUAUGUCAAAGGGAAGUCCAUCCUGGGGCCCGUAACACAAAGUUUAGCGAUGAUCGUAGAACAUUUAUCUACAAUUGAUUCCAUUGACUACAAUGUACAAUCGAUCGUGAAAAUCAAGUGUGCGAUUAUUCGCUAACCUUUGUUUUACGGGACCCUGAUGUCAUGCUGGUUUAAAUGAAAGCAGAACGUUUAGAGGAUUGUGGUACGUGUAGUGUUCGCAACUCCAAGACUCUUGACAAUAAGACAGUAGGAUGAUAGAUUUUGAGGUUUACAGAAAGUAGGCUAAUGUACCAUUAGAAACUUACCCAUUAAUUGUAACAUUUAAUGCUGCAGUAAAUUGUAUAUUGUCCA